AUGGACGCCCGAUCGAAGCCCCAGGCGUUCUUGUCCACCUAUGCGCCGCGCAUUCGAACCUACAACAAUUCUCUCUUGACGUCCGUCGUUCCGAGCGCCCCCUCCGGCCCUAUCUCGCGAACGACGAAGCGCGGAACCACCAUCAUCAACUACGCUGAGGAUGGCUACGAUGACAUUGACGACGAUGAUGAUGACAACCGGCGUCGCCCAACCGGUCUGCGGAGUUUGAGAAGGGAGGACCUCGCCAACAGGCAGGAUUUGGCUGAAAAGGCAGGAAAAGAUACGAAUGAACCCGUUGAGGUUCAAGGCAUUUGGAGGGACUGGUUUGGCAAGGGACGUCAGGUUCGGAGCGAUCAACAGAAUUCAGCGCAAGCUGACCUUCCCCUCACGCUGAUUCCGAUUCGAAUCGAGCUUGAUAUUCCGGCGUUCGUGCCCCAGGUACCAUUCCCAUCCGCGCCCCAUACCGUCGACACGAGUCUUCCUCAGUAUCGGACACAAGAAAUGACGCCGCCGUACCGAUUGCGGGACAAUUUCCUUUGGAACCUGCACGAGACUGUCAUUACGACCGAGCAGUUUGCGCAAACCUAUGUCCAAGAUCUGGACUUGCCAAACCGUCACAACACGAUGCUCGAAAUCGCCAAGCAGAUCCGUACACAACUUGAAGAGUACGCCGGCGUCGCGCUGCAUCCGUUGUUCCAUGCCCAGUCGCAGAAUGCCGGAAACAAUGAUGCGACCAAGGCAAGCUCACUAGCCAACCGCGAUGAUUCCCCAACUCCCGCCACCCGAGCGAUUAGUCGCUCCGAUACCCCUAUGCAGAAUGGCGGUUUGGGCACUCCUUCUAGGGGCAAGGAGCCGACCUCAGCGCCCGACGUUACCGCAACUGCCACUCCCAUUCCCGUGGGAGCAGCAGAAUACGACCAUGACGAUGCCUACCGAUGCAUCGUUACUCUUAACAUUAAUCUUCAAUCAGCUCUGUAUACGGACAAGUUUGAGUGGUCCUUGCUACACCCCCCGGGAAUGCCCGAGGCCUUUGCCGCUCAGACAUGUGAAGAUCUCGGGUUGACUGGAGAGUGGGUUCCCGCUGUCACGCACGCCAUCUACGAAGCGGUUUUGCGACUGAAGAAGGAGGCCUGCGAAGCUGGUGGUCUCGUCAUGGGCUGGAACGGUCUACGCGAGUUCCCCAACGAUGCAACUGCUGGAACAGAUGCUGGAUGGCGCUACGAUCCCGAAAACCUAGGAGAUCCGUGGGAGCCCAAGGUUGAGAUUUUGAGCAAGGAAGAAAUGGAGAAGCGGGAGGGAGACAGAGAGCGACAGAUCAGACGCCUUCGCCGCGAAACUGCCCGCUUCAGCUCCACGACUGGCUUGGUUGGUGGUGUACCAUUUUCCGGCUUUGGCAAUGUCGUGGAAGCUGCGGAGGAGGAACGCAUGGGCAGAGGCGAGAGAUCCAAGAAGAAGCGCAGAUUCCGCAGUCUGAGUCCUCUUGGCCGUUCAGGAACACCUGGCGGACGAGGAACGCCAGAUGUGGGUUCUGGUUAUGGUGCUGGAAGUGGCCUGACAGAUCAGGAACGUCUGACAUGGAGAUGCUGGCACUGCGCGCUCUGGGGCUCAAGCGUGUGGGCAGUGCGGCCUGGCCCCGCGGGACCAAGAUCGCUUUGCCAAAACUGCGGUUUGCUCUACGAGCGUGACGGCAAAUUGCCUCGCCAAACAAAGAACAUGCACCUCACUGUCAUCAGAACAGCGUAA